CGUCUUGUCGGUGAACAUAAACAAAAAAUUGUCUGACAAAAUCAAAACAUUUCAUUCUGGUUCAUUCUACACAGAUUUUAAAUUAUUUCCUUUUCUCGUUCAAACGACCUGUUUAGGAUUUCGGCAACGACAAAUCUCACAAAGUCGCCGAAGCACCGGUUUGUCUAUUUCCGUCACUAACGGACCUCGCAGAAUUUGCUUUUUAAUUCAUACAUAUUUAAAAUGAACGAAAAGAAUUUUUCUGAAAAACUGGAGGCUUUUGGCACUCUCGGAGUAGGAACUAGUGCUCCAGCCAAAUCAGAGGCAGUGAACGUGCCAUCAAUAUCACCCCAAGAACGUGAGGUGGCUCAGGCUGCACUCCAAGAUUACAUCAAGGGAAAUUAUGCUGGUUGUCUGGAGAACUUUGUAAAACUGGAGCAACUUCGGCCCAAAGACAUGAAGCUCCAUGUCAACAAAGCCAUCGUUCAUUUUUGCAAUUCCAACUUUAAAGCUUGUGAUGUAUUCACAAAAAGCCUAAAAGCUGUAGAAGAACAGGUCAAAGAAGACGAGCAAGACGUUUCCAGUUACAUUCACUACAAUCUUGCCCUCGGACUUUUUAAUCUUGGCCAAAUCAGUGCAGCUCAAAAGCAUUUGCUUAAAGUUUUUCAAUGCAUUGAGUCAUUAGAUGAAGGUCUUGCACAAAGAGUGUGCAUUUUGCUCAUUGAAGUCUUCCUCUGCUUGAACCAGGCGCAAAAAGCUCUGGCUCUUCUUUCAUACACUGAAAAUCAACUGCUUAGUUCAUACUUUUCUCAUUCACUAGGAUCUGUAUCGGACAAGUCACCUGUCAUCACACCAGGAUUGAUUAAGCACAAAAAGGAGCCGACCACAAAGCUCCCGGUAGAACCGACAACACCACCUCUUCCACCUGCUUUUGAAACCGAGUGGCUAAAGUCAAAGCUUGCAGCUCUGAGGGCGCGAGCCAGCUUGCAAGCACGACUUUGGCGCACGAAUAAGAAGGAUGUAAAAUCAUUGCUUGCAGUCAACAAGCCUCAAUUUAAUUCAACUGCUUUAAUGGCCAAAACUUAUUUGGACUUCUUGCGUGGGCAGUACAACAAAACGGCCCGGGUCUUGACGUCUGUUACGCCGGCAGAAGGAUUGGAACUGGGUGACAAUGUUUCGACAAUGUGGUUCAACAACCUGGCAUGUUGCCACUUCAUGGGUGGAAGGAAUCUCCUUGCUACAAAUUUCUUCUCUAGGGCGAUAGACGAAGCUGCCAAGUACCAUAUAAAUCCAGCAGCUGAGAUGUCUGCUAAACUAGCGUAUGCCCAAGUUUCAAUGAACUUGGGCGUUGCCCUUCUGCAAGCAGGAAAACCUCAGAGUGCUUUUACCUACUUGCUGAAAGCUGUUCACGUGUUUCCGUCAAAUCCAAGGCUCUGGCUCCGUAUUGCUGAAUGUUGUAUUCAACAUUUUGGACAGGACAAUGCUGAAGUUUAUGACUGUGAAAAUCCAGGCGAAAAAAUUGUGAAAAGCUACAUACCUAGUAUUUCUAGCACAAAAAUUAUAUUGGCCAGCAGUCUGAGCCCAAGUGCAAGUAUUGACAAAUCCGUUAGCUCCCAGCCGAAUUUCAGUCUCCAGUUUGCAAGUCUCUGUUUAAAAAAUGCUCUUGUGAUGCUCGAUCCUAACUACAAUACCCCAGGAAGCACAGGGGAUUUACUUUCAACCAAACAGUCUGAUGUUACAGACAGUCCGUCUGCCCAGCCUAACCAAACUGUUUCAGGUGUUUUUACACUUUUGGAAACUUUGAGUGCACCUUCCACGUUACCGCAAUGUACCCCGUCAAUACCAUUGACAGAAACAGAGGCUGAUAGUCUAAGGAUGUCUGUGCUGGCCGCAAGUGCUUACACAAACUUGUGCUUGGGCGAGACAAUAUUGGCUGUGGAGCAUGCUAAGAAGCUUCUUACGCUCCCAAAUGUACCAGAGGGGAUGAAGUUUUUAGCCCAGCUGUAUGCAGCAGAGGGGCUAGUCCGACUAGAUCACAUUUCUGAGGCAAUAGAAUUUUUGCAACCAGACACUAUUUUGUCUGACCUUGUCUGGGAUUUACCUGAGGUAGUGGAAUGUGAUAAAGACUCGGCAACUCCUGAAACAAGACCUACAGCUCAAUAUGAACCAUCGUCUCAACAAACAGCAAAAGCAACUAUGCUUUACAACUUGGCCGUUGCGUAUGCCAUAAGAGGGAACUUUGACAAAGCGGCAGACACAAUAUCACUGGUUUGGCAGUGCAAAAACAACAAUGGAAAAAUUCCCAUUCAUCUUAUGAUGCUCUCGAUCUACAUUGAACUCCAACAAGGCCACACACAAAAUGCAAGAAAUUUGUUGAAUCAACUUGGUAUUCCGCAAAGAGCUUAACAGCAUUUGUUUUUGAUCUAACAAUAAUACAUUUAACUCACAUGCAGAAUAAAGAGGAAAUAAUCAAUACACCUAACAAUGUGCUGCUGUUUAUGUUACUUUAUUAAAAUGUGGAGUCUAAAUAAAUAAAAAAAUUAAAA